AUGAGCUCCAUCAUCGAAAAACCUGCUGAGGUGACCCAGAGCAUUCAUGAGCUCAUCCACACUUUGAAGGGUCAAAUCAAAAAUGCCAGCACAAACGACAGCGUCAACACAACUGUUCGUAGCAUUCAAACUCUGCUCCGUCAAGAUGUGCACAGACGGGAAUUCGUUGAAGCCGAUGGCGUCCAAACUCUUGUCGCAGGACUCACUGGAUCAACCAAUUUCCAACUUCAAUACCAGCUGAUUUUCGCCCUCUGGUGCUUGACUUUUAACCCUGAGAUUGCUAAGAAGGCACCAUCUUUCGGAGUCAUCCAAGUUUUGGGAGAUAUUCUUUCUGAGUCAACCAAAGAAAAGGUGAUCAGAAUCAUCCUCGCUACGUUUGCCAACAUCUUGAACAAAUGUGAUGACAAUGAAAUCAAGAGACUAGCUGCUCUCCAGAUGGUUCAAUGCAAAACCCUCAAGACAUUGGAACUCAUCGACGCCAAGAAGUUUGACGAUCCAGACCUCGAGGAAGACAUCAAGUUCCUCACUGAGGAAUUGACCCUCUCAGUCCACGACUUGAGCUCUUACGAUGAGUAUUACAGUGAGGUUCGUACUGGUCGUCUCACUUGGUCUCCAGUGCACAAAUCGGAGAAGUUUUGGCGUGAGAAUGCUUCCAAGCUCAACGAGAAGCAAUUCGAAGUUGUGAAGAUUCUGAUCAAGCUCCUUGAGACCAGCAAAGAUCCAACAAUCCUUUGCGUUGCUGCCCACGACAUUGGAGAAUAUGUCCGCCACUACCCAAGAGGAAAAACUGUUAUCGAGCAAUACCAAGGAAAGGCAGCAGUCAUGAAAUUGUUGAGCGCUGAGGACCCGAAUGUCCGCUACCACGCUCUUCUUGCCGUUCAAAAACUUAUGGUUCACAAUUGGGAGUACCUUGGAAAGCAAUUGGGAACUGAGUCUCAAGGAGAGCCAGUUGCAGCCAAAUAA